GAAGGGAUGGCCAGGAGGGUGGCAGGAGUAGGGGACAUUUCACCAUGGAAUAUGAAGUCAAGAAAGGGAAGAAGGGCUUUGUAUCCCCCAUCCGAAGGCUGGUGUUCCCCAAGGCUGGGCGCCGGGCAGCCUGUAGGAGCAGCGUGAGCCGCCGGCCCCUGCACUCGAUGCCCCUUUAUCCCCCCGACUACCUCAUCGACCCCCAGAUUCUGCUGUGUGACUACCUGGAGAAAGAGGUCAAGUUCCUGGGCCACCUUACCUGGGUGACUUCCUCACUGAACCCCUCCAGUCGGGACGAGCUCCUGCAGCUGCUAGACACCGCCAGGCAGCUGAAGGAGCUGCCGCUGAAGACCACGGCGGAGCAGGACAGCAUCCUGAGCCUGUCUGCCCGCUGCCUGCUGCUCACCUGGCGCGACAAUGAAGAGCUCAUUCUGCGAAUCCCUACGCACGAGAUCGCCGCCGCCUCCUACCUGCAGGACGACGCGCUGCACCUGCUAGUGCUCAAGACCGGUCUGGGUGUGGACCCGGUGCCGGCCGGCGUGGACGCCAGCCCAGGCGGCGCAGGACGCGACCCCGGCCCGCCAGGCGCGGCGCCCGAGAAGCGGAGGGUGGGCACCGCGGAGCGGCGCCACACCAUCUGCAGCCUGGACUGGCGGAUGGGGUGGGGUGGGGGCGCCGCGGAGGCCCGGGCCGGGGGAGGCGGCGGCGGCAGCCUGGAGCGCCAGCGCGCCGGGGCGCGGGCGUCGGGCAGCUGGGAGCGACGGCAGACGUUCAGCGGCAGCUGGGAGCGGCGGCACGGAGGCGGCGGCGGCGGCGGCGCGGGGAAGCCGGGCGGUAGCUGGGAGCGGAGGCAGGCGGGCAGCGGCGGCGGCGGCAGCUGGGAGCGGCGCCACCCCGGCCCCAACCCGCUCGACCCGCAGGACCCCAGCCCCGACGCCUACUGCAACCUGGUCAUCCUGGCUGUAGCCAACAGGGAUGCUGCAGAGGAGUCCUGCGCACUCAUCUGUCAGGUCUUCCAGAUCAUCUACGGGGACCAGAGUAUUGAGUGUGUGGACCGGGCUGGCUACCACUACACAUCCACACCUGAACGGCCAUGGCUCUGCAGCCGCAGUGAGAGCUGCCACACAGAUGGGACGUAUGCCUAUGACGCCGACUUCAGCUGCUGCAGCUCCUUCAAUGGCUCCCAGGACACCUUUGAAGCAUGUUACAGCGGCACGUCCACACCUUCUUUCCAUGGCUCCCACUGCAGCGGCAGCGACCACAGCGGUCUGGGCUUGGAGCAGUUACAGGAUUACAUGGUCACGUUGCGGAGUAAGCUGGGGCCCCUCGAGAUCCAGCAGUUUGCGAUGCUGCUGCGGGAGUACCGGCUGGGGCUGCCCAUCCAGGACUAUUGCACAGGCCUGCUGAAGCUCUACGGAGACCGGCGCAAGUUCCUCCUCCUUGGGAUGCGGCCUUUCAUCCCGGACCAGGACAUCGGCUACUUCGAGGGCUUCCUGGAGGGCGUGGGCAUCCGCGAGGGCGGCAUCCUCACUGACAGCUUCGGCCGCAUCAAGCGCAGCAUGAGCUCCACGUCGGCCUCCGCAGUGCGCAGCUACGAUGGCGCGGCGCAGCGGCCCGAGGCACAGGCCUUCCACCGGCUGCUGGCUGACAUCACGCACGACAUCGAGGCGCUGGCCCCCGAUGACGACGACGACGACGACGACGACGACGAGGAUGAGCCCCGGGGCUCCAGGGGCGGGAGCGACGCCGCAGAAGACAACUACCUGUAGCCACCGCCCCUGCGGACGGCGUGGCGCCGCAGCCCACCUCUGAGUCUCAGUUUUGCUUCGGGGACCCUAUCCCCAGGGCCCCCCCAUCACACCUGGCGGGGCCCGAGGGUGUUCACUCCAGGGUCUCGCUCCCUGCCCUUGGGGCCCGGGGCCAUGCAGUACCGAGAGUGUCCUGCAGGGGGAAAGCGAAGCCGGGCCCUAAAGUCCGGGGCAGUCACCCGGGGCUCCCGGGCCGCUCUGCCGGGCUGGGGCUGGGCAGCGAUCCUGCUUUGUCCCAGAAGCCCAGAGGGAUCAGCCCCAGAACACACCCUCCUCCCCGGGACGCCGCAGCUUUCUGGAGGCUGAGGAAGGCAUGAAGAGUGGGCUCCACCUGCUGGCCGACUGAGAAAAGAAUUUCCAGAACUCGGUCCUAUUUUACAGAUUGAGAAACUAUGGUUCAAGAAGAGGGGAAGGGGCUUGAGGGAAUUUCCUGAUUCUCCUUAUAUGACCUCAAACUGACCAUACUAAAUAGUGUAGAAGGUCUUUUUCAAGGCUCUAAAUGUCAGGGUCUCCCGUCCCCUGAUGCCUGACUUGUACAGUCAGUGUGGAGUAGACGGUUUCCUCCACCCAGGGUUGACUCAGGGAUGAUCUGGGUCCCAUUCUGGCCUUAAGACCCCAAACGGGUUUUUUCAGCUCCAGGAUCUGGAGCCUCUAUCUGGUUAGUGUCGUAACCUCUGUGUGCCUCCCGUUACCCCAUCUGUCCAGUGAGCUCAGCCCCCAUCCACCUAACUGGGUGGCCACAGGGAUUACUGAGGGUUAAGACCUUAGAACUGGGUCUAGCACCUGAAAAGAGCUCCAUAAAUGUUGUUCCUUUCCACAUCAAACAUUUUAUGACUCAGUUUACCUUUCUUGCCUGGUAAUAAGCAAAAGAUGCCUGGGUGCAUCCUACCCCAACUGAAGUGGUGGUGAGCUAUUCAGAAGAUCCUCAGGGGAGCUCACUGUUUGGGAAGAAGAAACAGUACUUGUUCCCUUGCAGCCUUGUUACAGCCUAGCUCUGUGCUCAAGUCACAAACAAGAAAUAGCCAAGACUCCACAGGCAGCUAUCUGGGAGUCUGGGGUAGUCAAAGAAAUGGGAAGGAAAGGUUGGAGAGGUAGAGAAGUCAGGAUAAGGACAGCAUUCAGCACAGCCUGAGUAAAGGCUGGAAAGCUAAAAGGGAUGAGGCCUGAGAGGAGGCCAGAGACUCACAUAGGAGAGCCAAAAUGUGUUUGUAAAACCUUGCAAAGGCUUCCAUGGCCAGACACAUUGUACACACCAUAAAAUAGGCACUGUUAGCAAUUUUCAAAAAAAUGUUAUUAGGACUCCAGGUCCAAAGAGUUCCAUAAUUCAUACUUGGUUUGUGGUAAAUGAUCAUCCCAUCAUCACUGGUCCAUGUAGGGCCCUUCUGAUGUUUUAUUUUACCCUCUCCCGAUCCACAUGUUCCCCACACUCCUUUUCCCUCUUUACUAUGAGCACCUAACCCUAUGUGCUGAUAUAUGUCCCUGGACCUAAACUACACAGUGCUUUGUGUGUGUGUUUGUAUAGAUGAUUUUAUAUAAGAAUUUCACUCUAUUCCUUCCCUUACUCUGUAAUGUUUUUCUAAUUUAAAAAAAAAAUUAAGAAAAUUUUUAGAGACAGGUUUUUGCUCUGUCACCCAGGCUGGACGGCAAUGGUGCAGUGACAGCUCACUGCAAGAACUCCUGGGCUUAAGUGAUCCUCCUGCCUCGCCCUCCCAAAGUGCUGGGAUUAAAGGCAUGAACCACCAAGCCCAGCCACCCUAUAAUGUUUUAAAUACCUACCUAUGUAGCUGUUGAAAAAUCUCACUGUUGCAUCCAACUGCUGCAAAAUAUUUCGAGUUGAGCAUCCACUGUUUUCUUUAUCCAUCUCCCCAGAGAUGAACACCCAGGCUGCUUCCAACUCCCUCUUACCACAAACAACACUGUGAUGAACAUUUUUGUACAUGAAACUUAUGGGCCUAUGUGAGCAUUUCUUUGGGCUCUAAAUCCAAGAGUGGAAUUACUAGAUCACAGGGCAGGUUUUAAAUUUCAUUAACUUCUUCCAGAAUGGCUUUCACCAAUGGUGAGUGAAGGAUGCUGUUUCCCGACAUCUUCAUCAGAUUUUUCAUCAUCUGAUUUUGUAACUUUGCAUUCGGUGUGGGUGUAAGGUGGCAAGUUGUUUUAAUUUGCAUUUCUCUGUUAAUCCUGAAAUUUAUAACUUCCUUCUAUACUUGUCAGCCAUUUGAGCUUUCCUUUCUGUGACUUCCUUGUUCAUAUCUUUUGUUCAUUUCCUACUGGGCUUCCUGUCUUUUUCUCAUUGAUUUGCAAGAGUAGUUUAUACAUUUUAGAUAUUAAUCCCUUUUGGAUGUUGAUGUUCCAGGUAUAUUCACCUAAUAUAUUUGCCUUCUGUCAAGUUUAUCUGUGACAGUACUCAAACUUCAGCAGGCAUCAGAAUCUCCUGGAAGGCUUGCUAAAACACAGAUGUCUGAGCCCCACUCCUAGAGAUUCUCCAUAAGAGAAGGGGAAGGGCCUGAAAAUUUGCUUUUUCUUCUUUGGGGGGACAGAGUCUUGCUCUGUCACCCAGGCUGGUGUGCAGUGACGCAAUCU